UGUAAUUUCUAACUUUUGUUAAUAAUUUUGUACAUAGGAAGAAGGAAACUGAGCCCGCAGCAGCUAAAAAGCUGCCGGCAGUGCCGGAAUCAGUUCUUAAAAGAAAGAAAACUCGUGAAGCAGUACGAGCUGCACGUCUUCAAAUAUCGAUUAAGCAACGCGCGAGUCGAUAUCUGAAAAGGAAACUAAUCUUUAAGAAUGCCGAAAAAUAUGUGAAGGAAUACAGAAUGGAAGAAAGAGAUCAAAUCCGAUUGGCAAGACAAGCUAAAACUCAUGGCAACUAUUACAUCUUUAACGAAGCACGUCUGGCAUUUGUUAUCCGUAUUCGGGGUGUGAAUCAAGUUUCUCCUAAAGUACGUAAAGUACUUCAGUUGUUCCGCCUGAAACAGAUCAAUAAUGGCGUAUUUGUAAAACUGAACAAGGCAACAAUUAACAUGCUUCGCAUCAUUGAACCUUAUAUCACAUGGGGAUAUCCAAAUCUAAAAUCAGUUAGAGAAUUGAUCUAUAAAAGAGGAUUUGCCAAAAUAAACAGGCAACGUAUUCCUAUUACAAGCAAUUCAAUUAUUGAAAAGAAACUUGGUCGCUCUAGUAUUAUUUGUAUAGAAGAUUUAAUCCAUGAAAUAUUCAUGGUUGGACCAAAAUUCAAGUUUGCAAGCAAUUUCUUAUGGCCAUUUAAGCUCAACACACCUAGUGGUGGAUGGCGUAAAAAGACUAACCACUACGUUGAAGGUGGCGAUUUUGGUAAUCGUGAAGACAAAAUCAAUGAACUCCUCAGGAGAAUGAUUUAAAUUUAUGAAGAUCUUGAUAAAUAAAAGUUUAAAUAAAACUUGUUA